GUUGCUGUGGUUUAUGUUGAGAACUACAAAACCCACAGAUAUAUUACAUCUUUCUUCUUCAACACAUCCUGGCAAAGUAUCUCUACAUCCUUCUUUGUUUGUAAUCGUGAAAGGAGGAAAUAGAGUUCACCUUCAAAACUGUACGUGCAUUAAUGGCUGCUCGAGUCGCCUUCUUCAUCGUUCCAAUGGCACUUCUGCUCAUGAAUAUCCAUGCCACAACUACAAAUCGGCCUGGUGAAGCUUUUCAGUUCAGUUACUCGGGCGCUACGGGUCCUAACAAAUGGGGAAACUUGAAUCCGAAGUUCACAGAAUGCUCACAUGGAAAACUGCAGUCUCCCAUAGACAUUGUGAAGAAGAAGGCUGUUCUUAAUAAGAAGCUAAAGCCUUUAACCAGAAGAUACUAUCCUGCAAAUGUUACUUUGGUUGACAAUGGCUUCAAUGUUCAGGUGCGUUAUGGGGAAAAUGCAGGAGUGUUGAUUGUAGAUGGUAACAAUUACACCUUGAAGCAAAUGCACUGGCAUUCUCCCUCUGAGCACUGCAUCAAUGGCGUCCAGCAUGAUGCAGAGCUCCAUCUAGUCCACAUGGCUGAUGAUGGCAACUUCUCAGUUGUGGCAAUCCUCUACCGGUUAGGCCAUGCUGAUCCCAUUGUUGCUCAGAUACAGAAAAAAUUGGAUGAGUUGGAAAAGGAGGUGCGCGCAGGUAAGGAAGAGGCUCAUAUUGCUUUGGGGACCGUUAACACCAAGAAAUUGAGGAGAAGGACCCGAAAGUACUACAGAUAUGUUGGCUCUCUCACCACACCUCCAUGCUCCCAAAAUGUCAUCUGGCACAUACUUGGCAAGGUGAGAUCAAUAUCGAAAGAGCAAGUAAAGGCUUUGAAGGCUCCACUGAAAUCGACAUGCAAGAACAAUUCGAGGCCUGUGCAGGCACUCAAUGGACGACAAAUUGAACUUUACGAUGAGAUUCAUUAGUUAAAACCAAUAUUAUUAUCGUUAUCUUCAAUAACAAGUUAUGAUCAAUGAAAAAAAAAAAAGAGAGUUGUGCCAAUGAACAAUAUUUUCUUACUUGAUUACUAUACUGAAAUUUACAUUUUCUAGUAAAUGGGUUUCUCAUUGAGAGUGGUAUGUUUGACAAGUUCCGCAACACAAUUUGUACCCAACACAACACAUCACAAACUUGAAAAUGAUAAGAUCCGCUAACAUGAAUUAUAAAGGAAUGAGGUUAAUGUCAAACACGCAUAAUUUGAUUUUGACA